CGUAGGCAUGGACAGCAAAUAUGGCGGACCCAUCCGGACCAAGCCGGCCCUACCGAGGACGGCGGGAAAGUUGGCCGCCCUUUGCGAGGGGCUCGUUGGGAAACAAGCCUAGCUCGCGUAGCUGAUCCGCGCAGCUUGUCGCUCUCGGCAGCCAUUCGAAGUUCGAAGCCUCGAAGGUGUUCUGCCGACCAGCACUGCUGUCGCACGCUCAAACUUGUGGAAGUCGUUGUAGAAAAAUUGCUGAACCAGGGGCGUAGUGAGGAGGUAGUGACCAGUCUCUGUGCAACAGACGUCUGUAGCGUUUGUACAUUGGGCGAAAGCAAACUGGCAUUCACACUUGCAUUUUUAUUGUCUGUUAAUUGCCUUCCAAGCACUGUGCUCUGUUUGGCCGACCGACGUAUGUGAACACAGGACGGCCGAGAUGCUACAGGUUGUGAGAAGGGACAGGACCACCACAGGAUUGCGAUUGCGAUGAAUUGGAUAACGCACAGACAAUGCUGCCACAAACACGGUCGAUGAAUGCUGCCAUGGAUCUACGGGAGCCGUUGGUGUUUGUCAGUGAGUGAGGUCUAUGCACUCCAGCCGAUCUAAGACACAUUGACAGCAAAAUUAUUCUUCUUUCCUUUCCUCUCCUCUCCUCUCCUCUCCUCUCCUCUCCUCCCGUCUCCUCUUGUACAUUAUUAUGCUAUUCUCUCCUGGCGUAUCGUCUACUCUUCUCUCCUCCCAGAUCUUGUUUGUCUGCUGUUGGUUUCCUUCACGGACUGCUUUUGGAUCUAACUGUUCGAGCAGCAUUGCUGGUCGGUUGUCGUCAACCAAAGCGGAUUGCCAGAGGAGAGAAAAGGUAGGGGAAGAAGAGAGACAUUGCGCUGACAAAGGAGAGUAGAGAGGAUACAGGCAUUUGGCAUUGCACUGGCAAAGGAGAAAAGGUAGGGGAAGAAGAGAGAGAACAGAGAAAGAAGAGAGCAGGAUAGAGGAGGAGGGGGGGGGGAGGGGGAGGGGGAAAGGCAUUUGCUCUUGCUCUAGUGAAGUAGCAUCAGAGAGAGAACUUACCCUGCGCAUCAUUUCGUUAAAAUGGCGGUGGCUACGUUGACCCAUGCCAAGAUGGAAAUGGGGAGCACCUCCUCCUCCUCUCCAUUCCCCUGUUCCUCUUCUUCUUGCUGCUGGCCUGGCCAGCAAUUGCCUCCGCCCGCUUCUGGUCAGCAGACUAGAAGGAUAACUGCGCUGAAAAGUAUGAAGAGUGUGAUCGGGACGUCUGUCUCAGUGAGGCUCUCACAGCGGACUCCCGGCGGUUUUCCCGGAGCUUGUGCGGUAUGCCGGCGAGGGCAAGAAACAAGUAUAGGGAAUAUUCCUUCUCCUGCUGCUGCUGCUGCCGCCUCCUCCUCCUCCUUGGGCGGGGAAGGCGUCUUCUACUCAGGGAUCAAUCAGCUCUAUCGGUCGGUGCAUGCUCUCGAUAGUCGGGAGGAUGGGAUGGGUCAGCGGAAGUCCAUCCGGUGUUUGGCCUCCGACAUCCGACCCCUCACUCGAAUACAAGCCUCGGUCAGGAUCGCAGAAUCGUCCUCUUCUUCUUCCUCACCAUCGGAGCUUCUUGAUGUCUCCCUUGACUCUGAAGUUGGGAUAUCCUACGAGGCGCUGCGUGACAGGCUGGCCGCGGGGGAGUGGGAGGAGGCGGACAAUGAAACCCGCCGAUUGCUUUGCGUUCUCGCUGGGGACGGAGCUGUCAAACGCAAAUGGGUUUACUUCAGCGAAGUAAAGUUCUUUCCAGUCAAAGAUCUGCAAACUAUCGACAACCUGUGGACGGCCUAUAGUGGUGGGAGGUAUGGUUUCAGCGUGCAAAGAAGGAUCUGGAAGGCGGUGAAUCAACGGUGGAAACCUUUCUUCAGGAAGAUAUCCUGGACGGUGGGACAGAAUCACUCCUUCAGGAAGUUCCCGCAGGACUUCCUUUGGAACAAUGACGCCGAGUCUACCCCAAAUGGCCACCUCCCCCUCACCAACGCCUUGCGAGGGACGCAAUUGCUGGAGGCUUUGCUCAGCCAUCCUGCUUUUGAGAAAGCGGACGAGAGCUCCCGCCUCAUGGACGAAUCUCAACUUGUGGAACAGGUUUUUGCUGACAACGGAGGCAUUCCCAGCACUGAUGCCGCACUGCUGUCCUCAACGACACCACCCAGCUCGGAGAAGACUCUCAAAGACCUAAAUCUGCCGCCAGAGCUUCGGAAUGUAGAUUACUCCUUCUGAUCCCAUGAGACAAGCGGGGUGUGUUUCAUAAACGUGUGAAACAGGCAUCAUUCAUUCAAUUGUCCUGCUCGUCCAACUUUAUGAAACCGGGUACAUCUCAUCCCAUCCCUCUGGACUGCAUUAAGUGGAUCACCUGGUCUCUAUGGUGUUUCUGCCAAUUAGAGCAGGCAGGCCCAUCCAUGCAUUUGUUUGUUGUCUCAGAGAAUCCGGAGUGAGAGUUCAAAGAAACUUCCCAACUGUGAAGUCUUUGUGCUGCAUGUCUGUGCAAUCGUGUU